UAUGCAUUUGUCUUAGAAUUUGUUAAGUUCGUUUAUAAACAUAUUGCAAUUAUAGUGGUGGAAUAUACAGAAAUGUAAGAAUAUUUGAGUAUUUGGAAAAAGUUUGUAUUUUUGGAAUCAGCAUAGAUGAAUUAACCAAAAUCAGUUGAUUUUUUCCGGCAGCAAGACAAUUUCUUUUGGUGGGCUGUGUUAUAGAAUAACUUUGUUUUUCCUUGUAUGAUAUACAUAAAUCGAAUCUUAUUAAAAAAUGUGUCUUAUUUGGAUCAAUCUUUGAUGAAUUUUCUACCAUAUAUAAAAAAUGCACCCAAAUUGAGCUUGAAAUCAAAAAGUUAUGCACCUCAAAAUACACCUGAGUGUAUUUUUUUUUGUUCCAGCCCUCAAAGCAGUGUCAAUGGGCCAGGGACAGGAAAUAGUUGCUAGAGAUAUGAUAGAACACUCAAUGUCAAAGGGAGGCUGGGUCCUUCUCCAGAACAUUCACCUGUCCCUCCCGUUCGCCACAGAGCUGAUGGUGAUGAUUGUCGACACCGUGAAGAUCCACGAAACGUUCAGAAUUUGGUUGACGACGGAAGUGCACGAGCAGUUCCCCAUCGGACUGCUGCAGAUGGCUAUCAAAUUCACCAACGAACCCCCGCAAGGCAUCAGAGCGAGCAUGAAGAGAACCUACCAGAACAUCACCCAGGAUUUCCUGGAUUAUUCGGCGCAGUCUCAGUGGCCCCCGCUUCUCUAUGCUGUCGCAUUCUUGCAUACCGUCGUUCAGGAAAGACGAAAGUUUGGUCCUUUGGGUUGGAAUGUUCCUUACGAAUUCAAUCAAGCCGACCUUGCAGCUAGCGUUCAAUUUAUUCAGAACCAUCUGGACGACAUGGACCCCAAAAAAGGAGUAUCGUGGCCCACUGUUUGCUACAUGUUGGGAGAAGUUCAAUAUGGUGGGAGGGUGACUGAUGAUUUUGACAAACGAUUAUUGACCACGUUCACUCAGGUAUGGUUUUGUGACGUCCUUUUGAGGCCAGGUUUUGAGUUUUACAAGGCGUACAAAGUUCCGCAAACUCGAAAUUUACAAGGAUAUCUUGAUUACAUCAGUAGUUUGCCUGCAACCGACACCCCAGAAGUUUUUGGACUGCACGCCAAUGCUGAUAUCACUUACCAAAUCAAUACAGCUAAGGGUAUUCUUGACACAAUCCUCAGUGUUCAGCCGAAGGAAGGGGGAGGAGGAGGAGGAGAAACAAGAGAAACUGUGGUGUACUGUCUAGCAGAAGAUAUGCUUGAGAAACUACCACAGCAGUACAACAGUUUCGAAGUCAAAGAAGCUCUUCAACGCAUGGGGGCUCUAUUACCUAUGAACAUUUUUUUGAGACAAGAAGUUGAUCGGAUUCAGAAAGUGCUUAAAGAGGUGAAAACUACUUUGACCGACCUGAAGUUAGCUAUUGAUGGAACUAUUGUGAUGAGCCAAACUUUGAGAACUGCUCUUGAUUCUAUGUACGAUGCCAGAAUACCAGACAGGUGGCAAAAGAUAUCUUGGGAAUCAGCAACGUUGGGAUUUUGGUAUACGGAACUUUUGGAAAGGGAUGCACAAUUUCGAACGUGGUGCCAGAAUGGAAAACCAAAUGUUUUCUGGAUGACUGGAUUUUUCAACCCACAAGGGUUUUUAACGGCAAUGAGACAGGAUGUCACCCGAGCCCACAAAGGCUGGGCUUUGGAUUCCGUCGUUUUGCAGAACCUCAUCACCAGGUACAACAAGGAAGAUCUGAAGGAAGGCCCAGCAGAAGGAGUCUACGUUCACGGCCUCUUUUUAGAAGGCGCUGGCUUGGACAGACGAUCGGGAAAGUUGGUCGAGAGUAAACCCAAGGUCCUAUACGAACAAAUGCCUGUAAUCUACAUCUACGCGAUCAACACGACUGCUGGAAAGGACCCUAAACUAUACGAGUGUCCGAUAUAUCGGAAGCCACAAAGGACUGACCAGAAGUACGUCGGGUCGAUUGAUUUCGAAACGGAUCACAACCCCAGGCAUUGGACUCUCCGAGGUGUUGCGCUGCUUUGCGAUAUAAAAUAAAUAUGAAUAGUAUAGAUAAUCUAUUAAUUUGUUAUUGUUGAAAUCAAUAAAUCAU